AGUCUCUCCUACCGCCCGCAAAUCUUUCAAGACUUUCGUGCACAUCGACUGCGCCGCCAACCACAAGGCGCUGCACCUCGUCUACUAUCAAACAACAUCAAUUUCAGGCUUCUGUCUGGUCGAAGUGCGUUCAGCGACGUGCUUGGGCUGCGACAUCCGACUCGCAUUUUCGAAUCCACCAAGGGACGUACAUAUUUCGUGCGUCGGCUGAUAUUUCGCAAUCAUGGCUCCCAAAAAGAACCAAAAAAUGUCCCUCGGGACCUUCUUGCAGGAUGAGAAUUAUGGCUCCUGGGCAGAUGAGAUGGAGGAUAUGCCCCUUCCUACCUCCGACACAAGGCCGAGCUAUGGAUCAGAACGACGUGCAUUUAGCACGACUACUGGCAUGGGCAAUGGCUAUCCAGACCGACGAGACACAUACCCUGCAAGAGAACAACUCCCCCUCCCUACGCAACCCCCCUUCACUGCACAUCUAGCAAAUCUAUCCUUCGACGCCACACAGGGAGAUAUAAACGAUUUCUUUAGAGACUGCCAGGUUACAAACGUUCGCAUUGUGGAAGACAAACAAGAUCGCAAGCCCAAGGGAUUCGGUUAUGUUGAAUUUGCAACUUUGGAUGGUCUUAAGGCUGCAUUGGCUCUCAGUGGGAGCAACCUGGCUGGUCGCCAGGUUCGUGUUAGCGUCGCCGAACCACCAAAAGAAAGGCAUGAGACCCGCGAUUUCAGCGACUGGUCAAGAAAAGGACCUCUUCCAGAUUUGCCAAAUCAACGCAGAGUGUCCGACCGACCAGGAGGCUAUGGCGGUCGCAGCUUUGAUAACAUGUCCGACGCCGGAAGUGAGAGAGGCCAUGGGAACGAACGUGGCCACCGGCGCGGAUUUGGGCCGGAAGGAGAUGGAAAGGUUAGGGACUUCUCGAAUUGGGAAAGAAAAGGCCCAUUGUCACCAGUCACUCCCGGACCCACGACUCUGCGGGAGGGCGGGAGACAAGGAAGCAAAGAAGGCUACAGCUUCCGCAAGAAUUCGCCGUCCUGGGGAGAAGCGAGAUCACAGGACGGGUCUCGACCCCCACGACGCGAAUACGCCGAACGCCCUCCUCCUGAGCGGCAGCCAACAGCACCGGAACUUGAUAAUCAAUGGCGCUCUCGAAUGAAACCUGAUUCUGCCAAAGCGCCAACUCCCGAAGCCAGCGAGCCCUCCUCUCCUGCGGCGCCGCCGGCCCCUGCAACAAGGCCCAAACUGAAUUUACAGAAGAGGACCGUUUCUGAAACGGAUCCCGUGGCAUCCCCAGCUGCGAUUUCGGAUUCCAAAUCGAGCCCAUUUGGAGCAGCUCGUCCGGUCGACACGGCGUCCAAAGAGAAGGAAGUUGAAGAAAAGCGCCAGCUCGCUCUUCGACAGAAAAAGGAGGCAGAGGAAAAGGUCAAAGCCGAAAAGGCUGAAGAAAAAAGACUGGCAAAGGAGAAAUCCGAGUUGGACAAGGAGCGCGUUAAGGAUGUGCCCAGCAAAGAGAGCAAGGAGCCCAAGGAAGCAAAGGACUCCAGUCCGGCGAAAGAAAACGGCGAGGACAACGCUCAACCGACGCCCAAGUUUGACAUUCUGCGUCGGGCCGACUCGGGCAUGAACGAUAUGGUUGCCGAUGAUGAAAAUGAUGCGGAGGGAGAAGAACAGCCUCAGCCGACGGACGACAAAGCGGUCAAACCCAAGGAGAUCGUGCAGACCCCUACUUCUGCAAAGACCAACGGUUCUUGGAGGAAUGGACCGGCCGCCCAACCUCCCGCAGCCAGCACUGCUACUGAACUGGAGGAGGACGGUUGGAGCACAGUGUCCAAACCGCAAAAGCAACGUAAUAACCGACGAUACGGCCCGUCGAGAGGAGCCGCGUCCUGAUGCAGGAUCAAAGUGGCAACUCCAGGCCGUGCGAAGUUUGAACGCAGCACACGCUGCACCAGAAGUUUGUUGUACGGUCUUUUGUACAUCUACUCGUCUCUCACCAUCUCUGGCCGACCUGCGUCUUUCGAAGUACAGUCGGUGUGGGAAGGCAGAUCUCAGCAAUUUUGGCUAUUCUCCAGUGUUCGUGCUUUUUCUCAAAAAUGCAAGGAUUCGGGAGUCUGCUUGCUUUGUCCAGCAUGGCGGAGUUAGGGUAGGACGAAAGUGCGGAAUUGUAGCCAGAGCAAGUCUGUGACAGGCAUGGGAUCGAGGCUUCGGGGAAAAAAUAUUUGAAGAGACAGGCUCUCGACUCGCACUUACAUGUUCACUCAAGGCUGGCCAAAUACAACAGACCACAUCGCCUUCUAGAUGGAUCAUAGAACUAGCAUUGAUUUCAAGACGGGUGUUCAUUUCGAGUCCUAUGCCCGCCCUAUGCGACCCGGCAGCCUGUCAUCCGUCACCAGUGAGGUCCGCUCCAGGUCCUCGUUGCCCACUAAACUUAGAGAUAAUGCCUACCAUACAGUAUUCCAUUU